UUAAUUCAAGUAUGGAAGAACAUACACCUGCUUAUGUAACUGUGAGCAAUAUGCUGACUGAUAUCUCCCAACUAGAGCCUUUCGAUGUUGCCGGAUUUGACGCUGAUCACACUCUUGUAAAAUACAAUGUCAAAGCUCUCACAAAAAUGAUAGAUAAGAUCUACAUGAGAGUCAUUACAGAAGAUUGUGAGGGAUACCCAAAAGACAUAGCAGAUCUUUAUGAUGAAGAGUUAAUUAAUUUCAGCUUCAACGGAGCCACAUUGGAUAUGAAUACAGGCUUGCUUGUCAAGAUUUCUGAAGACAAGAAAGUCAUCGCCGCUUACAGAGGAUUUACAAAAUUACCAGAUACUGAAAUUGAAGAAAUUUAUGGAAAAGACAGGAUCUUCAAUGAGGAAUACUCUGUUUGGCAUUACAGGAGUUUGGAUAAGGGAUAUCUCGGAUUCCACUCUUAUUUUGACUGCCCUGUGAUUAGUCUCUGAGCGAAGCUUUUUGAUCUGAAAACACAAGGGAAAAUAGACAAGACUAAUGAAGAAAUUUUCAAUGAUAUCAGAACCUGAAUCAUCAAAAGUUAUGUACAUUAUGAUGCUGAGAAAUGAUAUAAAAUCGCUGAUUACGGAUAUUUCUUUACAGAGAUAAUCAAUGACACUGAGAAAUAUAUCCAAAGAAGGGAGGAUUUCAGAGAGAUGCUAAUCAAACUUAGAGAAGCAGGCAAGAAAGUGUUCAUUGCUACCAACUCACAUGCUGAAUACACCAAUUUGAUAAUGACAAGGUCAAUCGGUGAUGACUGGAGAAGCCUGGUCGAUUUCACUGCAAGUCAUUGUGGGAAGCCAAUCUUUUUCAAAGAGAUCCAUGGCACCAGGAAGUUCUUCAGGUGUGAUUAUGAGUCAGUUAAUCUCAAGGGAAAGGAAUGUGAUGUCGAUGAUCUUGAGGAAACCCAUACAUAUCUGGAAGGCAACUGUAAAGAUCUUGAGGAAUAUUUCAAGAAGUUAAUAGACAAGGAUGAGAUCAACUUCGCCUUCUUUGGAGACCACUUCAUCACAGAUGCAGCAAUCUCUGACUUGCACAAGAAUUGGAAGGGAGUAGCCAUUAUGGAAGAGCUUAAUCAUGAGCAGGUUGAACAAACCGACGAGUCUCAACUCGUUGGCUAUGAAAAGUAUUGGGGAUCCUUCUUUGGAGGUGAGAUCAAUGGUGAAUGGCACAAGAACGCCUGGGUAAAAUUCGCUGAGGAGCAUACUUCCUAUGUGCUACCCUUACUUGGAGACCUCAAAAAGUUAUUGGAUAAGUAACUUUCAAUAUCAAUA